UUUAUACUGUUUGCCAACAUCAACAUAUAAUUUUUGGUGUAAAAUUCAAACAAAAUAUUUCUAUAUUACAUUUUGUUGAUUAAACAAUACCGAGUUAAGUCAUAAAACACGUAACAUAAUGUUCUAAAGAAGGAACGGCAAGGCCUGUGUCAUUCCUAGACCAGCUUACUGAAAUACAAUCACUGUCCCAUCUACCUGUACUACUACAACUCAUAAAUCAUCAGCGCCUACCGACAAUCUAUUUCAUCUACCCAUUCCGUCUAUUUAUGAGAAGUUUCCAUUUUUCACCCAAAGGUAAUUCGUGAACAAUUAAUAACUUUCGUACUAAGCACCCAGCACAAACAAAGUCAUUUGUCCGCUGAUCUCAUUUCCCUAGCAGUAGAACGGUAACCAUCGGAACAGAACGGUUAAAAGUGCGAUGAAUUUCCACAACACCAUCCGUCCGAUACUGGUCAUAUUUUUGCUAUUUGGACAAUUUCCACUGUACGGUGUCCUCACCCGUAAACCACUUCGCUGGCACUUUCGAUGGUGUUCGCUUCAAACAGUGCUCUCGUUAGGACUGAUACACGUGGGAUUGUUCCUGUGUUUCGUGGAGUAUGACCGCCUCAAGGCAAUAGGUGUCAAUGCGGACAACCUGAUUGGACCGCUGUUCUAUUUGGAUGUGAUCAUCAUCAUGCUACUGCUGCUUCGUGUAGCCUAUCGGUGGCCAACCGUCGUUCCGAAAUGGGAACAGAUAGAGUCGCUCGAGGUGAUGCAGUACAAUGCACGCCAACAAAACGCACGAUCGUGUCGUAGAAUCCGUGGAAUAGCGUUGCUACUAAUGGUAUUGGGAUUCGCGGAACAUAUGCUGUCGAUCGGGAAAACCGUGAACGCGAGAGUGGAUGAAGCACGCACCUGCCACUGGAACUACAGCAAUCUUCCGGAGUACUAUGCGCUGCGCACUUACGGGUUCUUUUUCCGAAGAGUACCAUACAACUUUCCCUCCUUUAUAUUUUUAGAGUACGCAAACACAGCCUUAACGAUGGCCUGGACCGUGCAGGAUGUGUUGCUUAUUAUGAUAAGCGAUUCGAUUGCAGGUUACUUUAAGCGCAUCAAUUCCAGGAUUCAAUUCUACACCACAGUUCAGGUUGUUGCUAGAGAAAAGUUCUGGAGCGAAAUCCAUUCUGACUACGUGAUGGUAUGCGAGCUACUGGAGCAUGUGAUGAGCAUCUGCUCUCCAUUGCUGGUCGUUUCUUGCGGCACUAACCUGUACCUGAUAUGCUAUCAACUGUUCCAUCUCGUUGAUCGAACUGAUGAUUUUAUUAUUGUGACGGUAUUUACCUACUUUUCCCUGUUUUUCAUAAUUUUGAGAACAUUUCUUACGAUGCAUUACUGUUCAGCCGUACAUGAGGUCGCCCGUAAACCGCUCAAACUAUUCCGCCGUGUGCCAACGAGUAAUUGGUGCAGUGAGCUGGAAAGAUUUUACAGCUUCAUCCGCAAGAGCUCGAUCGCGAUAAAUGCAAUGGGGCUGUUCCGACUGACCAAGAAAACAAUGCUUACGAUGCUUGGAGCAGUUAUUACGUACGAGCUAGUAAUGCUACACUUUGCACAGACCACCGCCAACCAGGGCAUCGUGCGAGCAUGUUCCCCGGAGCAGUUUCUAUUCCAGCCCAAGAUGCAGAUCACAACCAACUAAACGAGCCGAACACUUCAAUCAAUAUAGCCACAGGGAAGGUCUUCUCCAACGCCUUUAGAGGAGCGAUGGAAUCGCAUCAACACUAGCUCGUACGUCAAUAUAGAUCCGGCCAUCUGUGGAUGAAGGAACUAACGAUUACCUUUGACACUUCACCCCAACCAAACACUCACUUACGGUAAGAAAUAUCCUGCGUGUAAUAGUGAAAAAUCCCAUUCCUGAGAUGGAUACACCACCGCUCGAGCAAAUGCGCAAUAUUUCCAGCUCA